UUUUUCCUUAACAUCUUGCUGGGAGAUUGGAAAGAUUUCCAAAAGAAAUAUUAAACUAAGAGGUUCUUUGUAUGCUAAGUGGCACUACAUGUGCGGUGGAAUCCCAUUGUUUGCUUUUAAUAUUAACCCCACCGUCCAUCCCAUCACCAUCUCGCUCUCUUCUAUAUAUAUAAAAACUACUCUACUACUACCACUGCUUAACUAAGUACCAUAGAGGAAAUGGGUGAGGAAACUAAGCAGGAACAACCGCCGGCAGAGGCCCAACCAGAAGAGAAAAAGAAAGAGAAGGCAGAGGAGAAGCCGGCGGAAGAAAAGAAAGAGGAACCACCAGCACCGCCUCCUCCUCCUCCUCUUGUCUUGUUUGUGGACUUGCAUUGUGUGGGAUGUGCAAAGAAGAUUGAGAAAUCCAUCAUGAAGAUUAGAGGUGUGGAAGGAGUGGUGAUGGAUAUGGCUCAAAACCAAGUGACAAUCAAGGGAAUAAUCGAACCCCUAGCAGUAUGUGCUAAAAUCAUGAAGAAAACCAAAAGAAGAGCUAAAGUAUUAUCCCCUUUGCCUGCAGCUGACGGUGAACCUAUACCAGUAGUUGUUGCCUCACAGGUUAGUGGAUUAGAAACCGUGGAGCUUAACGUCGACAUGCAUUGCCAAGCCUGUGCUGAGCAGCUGAAGAGAAAGAUACUAAAAAUGAGAGGCGUACAGAGUGCGGUAACAGAGCAUAGCACCGGGAAAGUUACAGUGACGGGCACCAUGGAUUCAGACAAGCUAGUGGAUUAUGUAUAUAGACGCACGAAAAAGCAAGCGAGGAUCGUGCCACAGUCGGAGCCUGAGCCUCAACAGGAACCGGAGAAACAAGAAGAAAAGAAAGACGGUGAAGAGAAGCCGAUGGAAGAAGCCAAACCCGAAGAAAACGCAGAGAAAAAAGAAGAAAAUCCGCCAGAAGAAACAGAUAAAAAGGAAGCUGGUGGUGAAAACAAGGAAGAGGAGAAGAAAGAAGAAGAAGGCAACAAUUGCAGCUAUAAUAUCAUUAACGAGGAGGAAUCCAUGAACAGAAUGAUUUACUAUUACCAGCCCCUUUACGUAAUCGAGCGAAUGCCGCCUGCUCCUCAACUAUUCAGCGAUGAAAAUCCCAACGCCUGCUGCAUUUCAUAGUCGUCGUCGUCAUCAUCAAAUGAUAACAAACUUUAUAGCUAUGUUUUCGUUUCUCUUUUUUGUUACGCUCCUUCAAAUAUUUUAGUAUAUGGUGGAGAAGUAUAUACUAUAUAGUUAUAUGUAUAAAUUAAUGUUGAGUCCUUACCGCUGGAGAUGAGAGUUUUAGAGAAAUCUGGUGGACCGUUCUCACAUCGAUCUGGGAAUGUGGGGAAUGAGAUCAUUGUACGACCGAGUUGAUUAAUAAAAGAGAAAAUAAUUUCAGUGAU